AUGUGGGACUCCAUUUCCUUUGCUUGGAUUGGCUUGGGAGUGCUUGGCCAUAUAUUGUACAAACAGGAGUCCCACAAGUUCUCGAUUAAGGAGGUACUUCUUGAUUGGGGACUUGUAGUCAUCAAUGCACUGGCCAAGCAAUGCUUCAGCUUCUUCUUCGCUUUCUCUUGUAUGCAGCAUCGGUGCAAAGUUGUUAAGUCAGUACCCGCUGAUCACCAAAGGUGUUGCUGCAAUAAUGGGUGUCGUUCAGCAGUUGGCAUAGGUGCCGGAAGCUCCAUGUGCCGUUCGGCAGGUAGUUUUGAGAAUAUGUGUUUUUUCUUCAUGGGGUGCCGUUCAGCAGGUAGCCUUGGCGCAGAAAUGAAGAGAUAUUUCAUGGGAGGUGCCGUUCAGCAUGUGGCUUUGAGAAGAUGCGUUGGAGAAAUGUCACCCGUGGGGUGCCGUUCGGCAACGCAAGAGCUGGAAAAUGCCGUUGGAGCUUUAGGAGCUGUCGUAAGCUUGCUGCCGUAA